GAAUUGUGCCAAUGUAAGCCAUAAAUCAAGAUAGAACAAGAAAAAUCGAAUUUUGCAUGUAAUUUAAAUUAAUAGAAUGGCAAACAAAAGUGAGGGCAAUCAAAAAGUGAACCCAGUUAAAGUUCCACUAGAAACCGAUCAGGGUAUUCUAGAAAGCGAAGAACGAAAAUGGGGACUGCCAUUGAGAGAAGUUUAUAAACAUGGAUUAUCUUUUUAUAAAGACAAGGAAGGAAAAGCCAUUCACCUAAGUUACGAGGAUAGGCUAAAGCUUGUUGCUUACACUCAACAAGCUGCUCAUGGACCUUUAGACAUAAACUCAGCUCCACCACUCGGAGUUCUUGAUGUUAUUGGAAGAGAUAGGAGAUCAGCAUGGCAGGCCCUCGGUCAAAUGUCUCAGAUCCAAGCUAUGGCUGGAUUUAUACACACAUUAGAUAGAUUGUGUCCUAUGUUCAAACCAUUUUUAGAAGCUAUUCAAAAGGACUUAGAAGAUAAAAAACAGCAAGAACUAAAAAAAGCAGAAGAAGAAAAAGCACACAAAGAAUUGCAAAAUAGGAUAAUGAUAGAAAAGCAAAAGCAGGAGAGUUUAAAGUUAACGGAAGAGCAACAAGUGCAAAGAAUAAAAGAUGCAUUAAAUGCACAAACCUACGAGCAGUUCCUUCAAUAUGCACAAACACAGUUUCCAGGCAACUAUGAUCAGCAAGCGAUCCUUAUCAGACAAUUGCAGGAUCAACAUUAUCAACAGUAUAUACAGCAAUUAGCCAUGGAUCAAAGACUUGCUAAUUCAAAUCUUAAUUACAAGGAAGAUUCUGAUACUGAUGAUAAAAAUGAAAAAGAGAAUAGCACAAAAGAACAAAAUGUGAAUGAUAGUGAUGAAGGUUUUACUGAUAACAAAUCAUUACAGACAUCGGAGAAAAAUGAUAUUGAAUAUAUUGAAGAGACACAACAGGAACCAGAAGAAGAUGAAGAUACAGAAGACGACGGGCUGCCAGGGGUUGAUGAGGCUCGGAUGUGGACUCGGGAGGAUAUCACUCAGUUUAAGGAGUCCGCUCGUGCGGGUGGAGGUGUGCUGACUGUAGGCCACGGGGAAGCCGUCACUAUACGCGUGCCUACACACCCACUGGCUCACUGUCUCUACUGGGAGUUUGCUACUGACAACUAUGAUAUUGGAUUUGGAAUAUUCUUCGAAUGGAGCAAAUCAAUAACAACUGAUAUAACUAUACAUGUAGCUGAGAGUGAGGAAGAGGAAGACGCGGAUGAUGACACUUACGAUGAAGAAUACACAAUGUAUGGCAACACAGAUCCAGAAGUUGGUGGUGAGAGGCGUGUUCUUCAAAAUCAACGGCCGAGGGUCAACCUCGUAGUGCCAAUAUAUAGGCGAGACUGUCACAUGGAGGUAUAUGCAGGCUCUCAUAAUUACCCCGGUGAAGGCGUAUAUUUAUUGAAAUUCGAUAACAGCUAUAGUCUAUGGCGAUCUAAAACACUAUACUAUAAAGUCUAUUACACAAAGUAAUUCAAUAUAUUGUACUAUUAUACGAGUAUAUACUAGAAAAUAAAAUAAAUGGAUUAGUAAUUUUAACGAA